CUAACGGCUUGUAAUACACGUGGAUGUCUACAUGUGCUCAGUCGGGGGAGAAAAAUAACCUGAAAAAAUGUCUCAGCAUGCCAACGCCAGUGUUCUAGACAAUACAACCUUGACUAUACUUAAAACGAAAUGGAUGAAUGACCUUAUGACUGCCGUCUAUGCCAUUGUGACCGUGGUAAACCUCUGUGGAAAUGGCAUUUCCAUGUGGCUGUUGUUGUUCCGCACCCAUCCUAAAACCCCUUCCAUCAUCUUUAUGAUCAAUCUAACCAUCACUGACUUGGUACUGGGCUUAGCACUGCCUUUCCAGAUCAUUUACCAAUUGCAAGGCAAUAACUGGACCCUGGGGUCCACCAUGUGCAAUGUACUAACAGUCACCUUCUUCGUUAACAUGUAUUGUUCCAUUUUGACAAUGACAGCUAUAAGUGUCGACCGCUACAUGGGUAUUGUGAGGCCUAUGCACUACAGACAGGCAAAUGCAAAGAUAAGGAAUGCCAUUUUUGCAUGCAUCAUUAUGUGGGCCAUAGUUCUGGCAGUUCUUAGCCCAUUGGAGAAGACGGAUUUAACUUUUGCUGUGAAACAGCUCAACAUCACCACCUGCUUUGACGUGCUAAAGAAGGAGAUGCUACCAUCACUCGCACACUGGGCAGCCUUCCUGUUCGCCAUGUUUGUUGUUCUGUUCCUCUGUCCCUUCAUCAUAACGGUGUACUGCUACAUCAGGAUCAUCCUUGCUCUCAUCAAAAAUUCCAAAAGCAUCCAGAAAGGGCGUGCAGUGCGCUUAGCUUUUAUUGUCUUGUUUGUGUUUAUUUUCUUUUUUGCGCCCAACAACAUAUUACUCCUGGCCCACACAAUCUCAAAGCUUUACUAUGGCCAAUCUCUCUACAUGUACUAUAAGCUGUCCCUGUCAUUUAGCUGCAUCAACAGCUGCUUGGAUCCAUUUAUCUACUAUUUAGCCUCGAAGGAUUUCCGUCGAAGGAUGAGACACAUGUUGAAGCUGCGAAACCUCAGCACCAUGGAUACAGAAAUGAGUGAAGGCCGCAGAGAAAGCAUUCUAUCGGCUCGUACUGGCUCUAUUGGUAAAGCAGAUGCUAAAUAUACAGAAGGACGCAUUAGCCAGGCUGAUUCAAGCUUAUAGUUGAAAUAUGUCAUGUAUGUAUUUGUAACCAUUUUUACUUCUCAUGUUCAGUUUUCACUUUCUUUAAGUAUGAAGAGGAACCAGAAUGCUCAUGUGAUAUUUCUCUUGAAAUCCCACAUUUGUACAGUAUCCUCCCUUCCUGAUUGUAGAUUAUUGUUUUUUAAUCAUGCUUUUACAUCUGUUAUUUAAACAGUGUGUUUUAUGUGUUUUUGUAGCAUUUGCAUAUUGUUUGACUCAUUUCCUGCAGUUUCUUUGUCUGUACAAGGUGACCGUAACUGAAAUAAGUAUACUGCAACUAAUUAGCUGUUUUGUCCCUACAUUUUAAGUAAUUUGUUCUGCACAAUGCCAUAAAUAUUAUUUGAUUGAUAUGCACUUUUGAGGUUCUCUGGGAUUUAUAUUGUAGCUUUUACUGAAGCAUAGUAGCCAAAUAUUUUGCUAGCUUUAGUUAAUUUUCAUUCAAAGCUCAUUAUUUUAUGUUAAAUGUAUUAAAUGUGUUUUUGGAUAACAUCCAAAUGAUGAUUACUCUUUACUUCAUGUGAUGCAGUACCAUGUAAACUGCAGUCUUCACAAUGAAAGUUGCUCAUUUAAAUAAAGCCUUUUCUUUUCAAAAAUGUUUCAUAAAAGCCUACACAUUUUAAAAGGUUUGCCU